AUGUUGCGGUUGCGAGUGGUUGGCCGUGCGGCGCAUGUACUCGCACGCAAACGUGACCUGCUUGUGCCCCUUGCGCCUGCACAGCAGAUGUGCAUUGUGGCCGUGCUGGCCUCGUCUCCCACCGUGGAACCAAACAGCAACGUGCAGGCGUUUGUGACUGUCGUGAACGACGAGAGCGCGCGGCUCUUGAGCACGCUUCAGCUGCUGCAGCUAUGGAUCUACCUGCAACUGGCCAAGAUCGAAGCUGGUAGAAACUUUGGCAGCGAAGUGCAGCAGUACACCCAUGUGCUCUCGAAAGAGUUGCACGUAAAGCGGAAAACGUGGUGGAACUCGCUCGCCGACUACUACAGGGGGCAAGUGGGCGAGUGGGGCCGAGGCACCGCGACGGACGACGUCAUCACGGCGAAUAAGGAGAAGAUAGAGCUGCGCGGGAAGAACGAUCGUGCAGGGUUUAAUCUGUGA